CUGGAGCCUGGGCGUUGACGUCACUUCCGGGACGACCCUGGCUUGCACGAAGUAGGUGUUCUUGCCUUCGGCAGUGGUUCCUGGUGGUUUCCCCAAACUAUGAUCUAUGGAUAUCCUCUUCAGAAUAAGAGGUGGUUUCGAUCUGGCUUUUCAGCUGGCGUCUCCUAAAGAAAUGUUUAUCAAGAACGCACUAAGACAGGUAUUGAAUGACCUGACUACCAAGCUCUCCUCAGAUGCUCUUGUGUUCAGAAUUUGCAACAGCUCUGUGUACCUCUGGCCGAACAGUGACGCAAACACGGGAGAACUGACUGACAGCUCUGCCUGUAAGAGUGUAGUGGACCUCAUUCAAUUUGAUCAAGAAGAGGAUACAAAGCGAAAAUUCAUGAAAAAGAAAGACAAAAAGUUAACCGACAUGCAACAAACAGUAAAUAUAGACCUCAUGCUGGAAAUAUCGACCCCUCUGGGAGCCAUAACCCCCAUCAUCGAAAGGGAAAACGAAGAACACCACUACAUUAAUAUGAGCUUGCCAAUCGAUGCGGUUGUGUCCGUUGCUCCAGAGGAAACAUGGGGAAAAGCGCGCAAACUUCUAGUGGAUGCAAUUCUCAAUCAGCUAGUUGAUGUGGAAAAAUGCAUCUUGAGAUAUAUGAAAGGAACAUCUAUUGUGGUCCCUGAACCACUGCACUUUCUCUUGCCAGGGGGAAAGAAUCUCGUAACAGUUUUAUAUCCAUCCGGAAUCCCAGAUGAUCAGCUACAAGCCUAUAGAAAGGAGUUACAUGAUCUCUUCAAUUUGCCUCAUGACAGACCUUAUCUCAAAAGGAUUAAUGCUUAUCACUUUCCGGAUGAACUAUAUAAAGAUGGCUAUAUUAGAAAUCCGCAUGCUUACCUGAGCCCACCUAACAUAGAGGGUAGUAUGAUUUGCAUGGUCCAGGGCACUUACGCCUAUCAUCACUACAUGCAAGAUCGGGUGGACGACAACGGCUGGGGCUGUGCUUACAGGUCACUACAGACGGUCUGCUCAUGGUUCAGACAUCAGGGUUACACAGAAAGGGCCAUUCCAACACACAGGGAAAUCCAGCAGGCUCUAGUUGAUGCCGGUGACAAACCAGCAACAUUUGUUGGAUCACGGCAAUGGAUCGGGUCUAUUGAAGUGCAGCUGGUACUAAACCAACUGAUCGGUGUAACUUCCAAAAUACUGUUUGUCAAUCAAGGUUCAGAAAUGGCUUCUCAAGGCCGGGAACUAGCCAACCAUUUCCAGAAUGUGGGCACUCCAGUAAUGAUUGGGGGAGGAGUAUUGGCUCACACAAUACUAGGAGUCGCAUGGAAUGAAACUACAGGGCAGAUCAAAUUCCUAAUUCUAGACCCACACUAUACAGGUGCUGAAGACCUGCAAGUUAUAUUGGAAAAGGGCUGGUGUGGAUGGAAGGGUCCAGACUUUUGGAACAAGGAUGCAUACUACAACUUAUGCCUUCCUCAACGACCAAAUGCUCUUUAAAUUACCUUGGUGUCAAGACUAUAAAUAUAAAAGAGCUGUUCCAAUGUUAAUAAAAGCAUAAUUUUAAAUUAAA